AUGCGAAGACGGCCCAGGAAAUGGCGCGAAAUCGAAGAUGCCGUGUUUCUGUCUGAAAAUGAAGCACAGGGGGGUCAUUCCGAGAAUACUCUCAUGAUGCAGGGCUUCGAAUGGCACGUGCCGGCCGACCAACUUCAUUGGCAACGCCUCCGCAAGGCACUACCAGACCUCAAGGAUAUCGGAGUUGACAACAUUUGGAUUCCUCCUGGAUGUAAAGGGAUGGAUCCGACGGGAAUUGGAUACGACAUUUAUGAUUUGUACGAUCUUGGCGAAUUUGAUCAGAAAGGAAGCAGGGCGACACGAUGGGGUCCGAAGGAGGACUUGGAGGAACUGGUCCAUACUGCGCAAAAGAUGUCCAUUGGAAUUCAUUGGGACACAGUCCUGAACCAAAAAGCCGGAGCCGACUCGACAGAAAGUUUUGCAGCAGUCAAGGUAGACCCAGAAGAUAGAAACAGGGAGAUUUCACAACCCGAGUACAUCGAUGGCUGGGUAGGAUUUGAGUUUCCCGGCCGCGGUACCAAGUACAGCUCAAUGAAAUAUCACUGGCAGCAUUUCACAGGUGUGGACUGGAACCAGAAACACAACGAGCAUGCGAUUUAUAAAACAGUUGGUCCGAACAAAGAUUGGGCGAAGUAUGUUAGCGAUGAACGCGGUAACUAUGACUACCUGAUGUUCGCCAAUCUCGAUCACUCCGAUCCAGAAGUUCGAGCUGAUAUUCUGAGAUGGGGGGAGUGGAUCGGCACCGAGUUACCACUAAGUGGAAUGCGAAUAGACGCAGCAAAACACUACUCCGCAUCCUUUCAGAAAGAGUUCUUCUAUCACCUGCGAAACACAGUCGGUGCUGAUUAUCUUUUGAUGGGAGAGUACUGGAGGGGAGAAGUUGGUCUACUUUUGGGAUAUCUCAAAUUCAUGGAUCAUGAGGUGUCUUUGUUUGACGUUCCACUUCUGGGACGGUUUACUGCCAUUUCAAAGAUGGCCGGUGGUGAUUUGCGGAAGAUCUUUAAGGGAACGUUGGUUGAACAGAGUCCGGAACAUGCCAUACAACCAGGACAAUCAUUAGAGACUGCCAUUGCACCAUUCUUUAAGUCACUGGCGUAUUCAUUGAUACUUCUUCGAAAACAGGGACAGCCCUGUCUCUUUUAUGGUGACCUGUAUGGGAUCAACGGUGGACCAGAGCCCCAGUACGGUUCAUCCUGUCACGGCAGACUUCCAAUUCUUACUCGCACCCGAAAGUUGUUUGCCCAUGGCGAACAGCGGGACUACUUCAAUCGACGGAACUGCAUCGGGUUUGUUCGAUAUGGCAACUAUAGAUACCCUUUCGGUCUUGCUUGUGUUCUCAGCAACGGCCCCUCUUCAUACAAGCGCAUGUUCAUUGGCCUUGAACACGCCGGCGAGAUGUGGACCGACAUUUUGCAGUGGCGAGAUGAAACGGUGUUGAUUGAUCGCUUCGGCCAUGGAAUCUUCCCGGUGGCUGCUAUGAGUGUCAGCGUUUGGGUCAACUCGAGAGCGGAAGGGAGAUGUCAUCUCCAGCGUCCUUUUAACGAGAAUAUAUACAAUUUGUGA